GAACAAUAUAUCACGAUAUUUCGGAGUUGCAUAUGAUGAUUAAGCAGUCUUCCAAGGAAAGAUUGUUAUUAGAAAGGCACUUAGCCAGGGCAACAGAAACAGCACAGCAAAGAUCUGAAGUUGAUCUUGGACAAUAUUUGGCUCUUCAGAAGACAAAUCAAAUACUUCGGGAACGUCUAGAACAACUUGAAAAAAUUGUUUCAGAAAAAGAGAAUGCUGAUAAAAGAGUUGCAGAAACAGAAGCUGAUUUAAAUAAAUUAAAACAUGAAUUAAAAGAAAGACAGCAAAUCUGUGCAAAUUUAAAAAAACAAUUAAAUAAAGUUUUGGAUGAAAAAUCUCAUCUUGAAGAAUAUAAUAGUGAUCUUCAACAACAAGUAUUGGAGUUACAACCUAUAGUGGAUGAUUGUAAUCUAUUGCAAGAAACUUUAACAAGAGUAGAAAGUAAUUAUAAAAUAGCAAAGUCUGAAGUAGACAGUUUGCAAGGAAAGGUUAACAACCUGGAGGCUUUAGUACAGGUAUUAUAAAUAUAUUAAUUCUUUAUAUAGACAUAGACAUAGACAUAUAUUUUAUUCAGCAUGCUGCAUAUGGCAUAUCU